AUGAAAGUUGAAAUAUUUGGUAAAACUGCAACCGAUGAAGAGGUGCAUGCGAUACGUUUAGAAAAUGAGAAUGGAUACAUUAAUGACACCGUAAGUAUGGGUGCCACUGUUGGACGUGUUGCAAAUCGAAUUUCCAAUGCUCGAUUUAAACUCAACAACCAGGAAUACAUAUUACCAGCAAAUUUUGGGAUUCACCAUCUGCACGGCAAUCACUGCCUGUCUAAGAGGGUAUGGAAAUACGAAACAUUUUGCCUUCAAAAUGCAGAACGUGUUAAACUGACCACCAGUAGCUUCGACGGAGAAUUCGGUUAUCCUGGUGACGUAGAUUUUGCUGUCACUUAUACGCUGAAUUCCAAAGAUCAAUUGAUUAUUCAGUUUAAAGCUACAAAUCAAAGUCCCGUGCAAACAAUUGUCAACAUGACUAAUCAUUCCUAUUUUAACCUUGAAGAAAGUGCCACAAUUUUUGAGCAUACCUUAAAAGCUGACUGUAAUGCAUAUCUACCAGUGGAUAAUGUAGGACUCGUUACCGGAGAAAAAAAAGAACUUGACGGCGUUUUCGAGGGUAUACCGCAAGGAAUCACUUUCAAGAAUAUAGUAAAAAGUGGAAUUGUCGAUAUCGAUAAUGAUCUCAUUAAGAGGGAAAAUAAUGGCGCUUUGACAUUAGAAAGCCCAAAUUCGGGACUCAAGAUGACGAUUACAACUACGUAUCCAAUAUUCCAUAUUUAUUGCUCACAGCACUUUGAAAAUAUUCAUGGGAAAAAUGGCAAGUCGUAUGGCAAAUGUUGCGCCGUAGCCAUCGAGCCACAAAAGUAUAGUAACGCUAUUAAUCUGGUCAGUCACAUCAGUUUAAAAAACUUAAUUCAUUUACCCUCACAUUUAAUUUAUUAUUUUUGUGUUUUCAAAUUCAACCUUUAAAA